UCGGGAAGUACACAAAAUAAUAAGAUUAAAACUAAAGUGGUAAAGUUCACCAAUAUUUUCAAAUUAUAAGAUGGGUCGGAGAUGCGUUGUGCCAAAUUGUGGUGCAAAAAGCGAGAAGAGCCCCGGCAACCCGCGCUCCGCGACCUCUUCGUUUUUUGAGGAAGUAAAGAAAAUGUCAUUGAAUUUAAGAUUCCCUAAGAACACCAAAAUGCGAGAUGAUUGGCUUUCAGUCAUUAAUAUAAAAAACGAUGAAAAUUUUAAAUUGAAUGCUGCUUCUUGCAUCUGUUCUCAGCAUUUCAUCAAGGACUGUUUUAUGGCAAAGCAAUUUGGAAGAGCUACAUUAUUAAAAAAACGUGCUGUACCACAAUUAAAUAUCUUCCGUCCAGAAGUCGAAAAGUAUAAUCCCAUGCAUGUACCACCAUCUUUUUUAAAAGAAGAAUCACAUAAUACGACAGAGGAGGUGAGCCAGUAAGUUCUCGAUCAGAGAGAAAUCCUAAAGGAGGUGGUACUUACUGACCAAAAUGUUACAGACAGUAAAGUAAAUUCUGAAGCUAAAGCGCAAGUGCAAAAUAUUAUUCAGCUGUCAUCUAGAAAAAAAUGUUUGAAAGAGAUUUUAGCAUUGGCGAUGUGGAUUCUACAAAAAAAGCACGGUUGUAUUUUCAGGCUGCUAAAGAAAAGAUUUCAAGUUUUAAAAAUCGACUUCAGGUGUGCAGAAAACGAUGCAAAUAGCUAAAUAUAGAAAAAGAUAGGAUCCUGCUGCUGGUAGAAGAAUUGCAAAAAAAACAAGAGUUAUCUCAAAGUACUGUGGGUCUCCUGUUGGUAAGUUGUAGCAGAACUUAAUUUUGAUUUAUCUGUGUUUAAAUUUUGUUGUGCCUAUUUUUAUAAUUAUAAUUUAUAUUACUAUAAUAUAUAAAAAAUAAUAUUUAAAACUAUAGUAUAUUAAAUAUGUUAUUAUCUAAAAGAUUAAAUAAUUGUAAAUAAUAAUUCAGUUCAAUAUAGUCCUAUUAGACUAAUAUUUGUAAUUAACACAUUGACAGCCGGCGACCUAAGAGACAUUUGAUGCUUGAGCGCCGGCAAUGUAGCGACAGACUCAGAAAAUCCGCGUUUUCGCGGGGCCGGCGCUCAAGCGACAGACUCAGAAACCCGCGUUUUCGCGGGGCCGGCUGUCAAUGUGUUAAGAUUAUUUUAAACUACAUACAUGUAUAUACUCAGCAUUGCUUCAACAUCAAAUUCAAAAAUAGCGAAUCAACCCGUUCAAUAUAAUAAUGCCAGUAGUAUAGAUGCUUCAUCAAUUCUUUAUGAAAAUAUUACAUCCUUAACAAGAAAUAAUGCUGGAGAAGAUUUGAUGCUAUCUGAAGGCUAUUUAAAUAUUGUCAAACAAAGUGAUCACAAUUAUUGCCCAUCAGAAGCAUGGCAUCUGACAACAUAUACUGAGGACAUUGUAACAUACAUUGUUGGUUUUGUGGCAAAAUGGUUGUAAAGCUGUAUUUCGUGUGAAAUUUGCAGAAAUGCUCUGAUGUGCAAUAAUUUAAGAUUGGAUCUUCUUAAUAGGAAACUCAGAGGCAUUCUUUUUACACCAUCUUUUCUCAUUGUUAUGGUAUGCCAACAGGCAGAAAAAAUGUUUCGCAUUUUCAAAGAUAAAUACAAUAUUUAUGUUCAAAGGAAUGUUCCUGAUUUUUUAAUCAAAAUUACCAUGCAAACUAUUUCGUUUUCAAUAAUAGAACCAAUAGCACAACAUUUUACUGACCAGGAACCCUAGAAUAAUCAUGGUAUUCAGUUGUUACAAAAUAUACUCAAAGGUUAUUUUACAUUACGACUACAUCAUGAAACAAAAAUGCAUAAUAUUAACCCUUCUAGUGCCGGCCGAAGUUGUUAGCCCUUGUACAACGACGAUAUAUCGUUCUCCGGCACUAAAAGGGUUAAGUUACAAAACCGAAGAGUACGAAAUAAACUUACUAAAGAAGUACAUUUUCUACACCAAUAAAUAAUAUUAAACUUGUA